CUCUUGACUCACUCCGAAAGCGUAGAGCCAACUGCAGAGAUGGCAACGAAAUUCGAUUUCUCAGAACUGCAAAUCAGCCAGCGACUCGGCUUUGGGGGCUUUGGUGCGGUGUACAGCGGUCGCAUCCGGAACCAAAAGAUCGCCGUGAAAAAGUUUUACGAGGUGAUCGAGGAGAGCAUAGCACGGGAAAUCGCACAACUGGCGAGAGUGGCACAUGAGAACAUUGUCAAGCUGUUCGGCAUGGCCACCUACAACGAUGAGACCUACCUGCUGAUGGAGUACGUCGAAGGUGGCUCCCUGCACGACUUCCUCUAUGGGGCGGUGCGCAGGGAGUACACCGUGCCGGAGGCCACCAAUUGGGCGCUUCAGUGCGCAGAGGCUGUGGCGUAUCUUCAUGCCAUGACCCCAAGGGCAAUGCUGCAUCGGGAUAUCAAGCCCCACAACAUGCUGCUGACGGGCAUCCCGGGCAGGCUGAAGAUCUGCGACUUUGGCACUGUGACGGACCUGCACAGCUACAUGUCGAAUGCCCGCGGGACACCGGCCUACAUGGCACCAGAGGUGAUCAAGGGCAGAAGGUACACAGACAAGUGCGAUGUGUACAGCUGGGGCGUCAUGCUCUGGGAGCUAAUGUCCCGCCGGCCGCCCUUCAGUCACAUGGAGAAUCCCAACCAAGUUGCAGUGAUGCUGGCUGCGGGAAUGGGCGCUCGUCCCGACAUGGAUGCUGUGAGAUCCGAUUGUCCCGAGGCCAUCAAGCAGUUGAUCAGACGUUGCUGGAGGCAGGAGCCCCUGGAACGAUGCUCCAUGCAACAGGUUGUCGCGGUUCUCAACGAAAUGGGCGUCUCCUCUGAUUACAAGGACUUUGUGUAUAUCCUCGAUCAGGACACUGUGGCCGUGGUCACCGUACGCAAAGAGAAACACGGCACGAGCAGGCGUCGUGUUGUUCACAUAUCCUUCUGGCGUAAGCGCUUUGCGAGCGCAAGGCUGAGCUUUCCCAUUGCCGAGCGGGAGGCAGAGCGAGUGGCGAAGCAAACGGAACGGGAGACCAUCAGGGCGGCUCGGAAUGUCAGCCGGGAGACGGUUCGAGCUGCUGAGGACGCUGGCCACGAAGUCGCCAGAGCGGCUCACGAUGCCGAGCGGGAGACAAGACGGGCCGAAAGGGAUGCCGAGCGGGAGACUCGGAGACUGAAGGAGGAUGCGGAACGCGAGGCACGGAGACUGAAGGAGAAUGCCGAGCGGGAGGCGAAACUAGCACUCGAGCAGGCCGCGCAGGAGGCCCGCAGAGUGAAGGAGAAUGCCGAGCGAGAGGCUAGACAGGCCAAGGAGAAAAUUGCAGCGGAGGCCAAGCGGCUGGCCGACAGAGGCAAGAAGGUCCUGAAGAAGUUUCGCAAAUUCUAAUGCCCCCGUCCCUAUGCUCGUGCUGAUUAAUAUUUCGUUAUGCAAAUGUGUGGAAAAUGAUUAAUAAAGCUGG